AUGAGUUUCCGUUAUAAAAGUUGGGUAUGGCAAUACGGCAAACGCCAAGGCGAUAAAGCUUUUUGUGACUUGUGUGACGAUAAUUCAAAUAAAGUGUUUUGCUGUGCUGGUGGAUCAACGGGAUCAUUCGGCAGACAUUUAAAACUGAUUCACAAUAUAAGCAGAAAUACUCAAAAUCCAAGUGAUGAUAAUCCUCAUGAUGAAGUUGAAGAGUGUAAUACAGUUGAUAGUCUAACACAGUGUUCAUCGACAUCCUCAAAUAAUUUAAAUACUAAUUGUUCAUCCUCAUCAUCAGAAUUUUGUGGACCACAACCCCGAAAACGACGUAGAACUUAUGUUGAUAAAAACUUUGAAAUAAACCGAAGUUGUAGUUCUGAAAGAACAGAACAAAUCCAUAAGGCGUUAGCUAAGAUGAUCGCAAUCAAUCAAAUGCCUCUAUCCUUUUGUUCUAGUUCCGGUUUUAAACAAUUUAUGAGCGUAGUAGAACCAAAUUAUAUAAUAUGCAAGGAAGGUGCUAUCAAACAGAGACUUAAAGGAUUCAAAUCGUCGGUUGAAGUUCUAAUAAAAAAAGAACUUAAAGAUGCCAGGAGUGUAAGUUGUACAUCUGACUGUUGGUCAUCAAUAGCUCAAGAAUCGUACAUAACAGUUACUGCACAUUUUAUUGAUGAUCAAUGGUGCCCAAAAUCAUACACCCUGACAACUCAAAAAUUAGACGAUCGUCAUACAGCUUUAAAUCUAUCGAAUCAAUUAGAAAUUACUUUUAAUAAAUGGGAAAUUGACCAAAAAAUUAUGGCAGUAGUGACUGAUAAUGCGAAAAAUGUGUUGAAUGCUGUUAAUUUACUUAAUAAUAUUACCGAAAAGGAUGAUUUAACAUGUGCAGCACAUACAUUACAACUUGCUGUCAAUAAUAGCCUAAAAUAUGAUAAAAUAGAUAACUUAAUUCAAUUAUGUAGUAAGAUUGUUUGUCAUUUUAAGCAUUCGAAUUUAGCUAGUCAGUAUUUAAAAGAUAAGCAAGACCAACUAGGUUUGCCAACAGAAAAAUUAAUUCAAAGCUGUAAAACCAGAUGGAACUCUAUAUAUAUGAUGCUUGAUCGACUUUAUAAAAAUAGGUGCCCGAUUUCAAAUGUUCUUGCUGAUCGUUCGUUGACUACAGCAGCAAUGGCACACAAAUUUGAAGUGACAGAGCACCAAUGGACAGAUGUAGAAACGUUAAUUAAAUUGCUUAAACCUCUACAAAUUAUGACCACGGUUUUUUGUGGCGAAAAAUAUUGCUCUAUUUCAAUGGUUAGGCCUCUCAUAAACGCAGUUAUAGAAAAGCAUUUAAAGCAUAAUGUAAGUGAUGAUGAAAUAACAGAACAUUUUAAAACUACUGUAAUUAGGGAACUAUCAGAUCGUUUUAAAUUAUUGUGGUGUCCUUCUAGUGUCGUGUCUGCUCGGCAAAUAGCGUCUUUCCUCGACCCAAGAUUCAAGGACUUAGAGCAUGAAACGGUUGAUGCAAGAGAAAACAUUCGGACACGGGUUAAACAUUUGAUAAAAGAAAUAGCUGAAAUUAAUUGCGAUGUACAAAUUGAAACACCUGUCACUAAACAUCACGGUGCUCUUGAAUUUCUGUUCGGUGAUGAAGUAAAUUGUAAUACAGCUGAUUAUGACAUUCAGUAUCAACAUUACUUGGCAGAACCACAGUUAAAAUUUGAUUUUGAUGCACUAGAAUGGUGGAAGACGCGUGCAUCAAAAUAUCCACUGAUUGUUGCUCUGGCAACGAAAUAUUUAGGGAUACCAGCAACGUCAGUUAGUUCUGAAAGAUGUUUCUCAACCGCUGGAAACAUAGUGACGGCCAAGAGAAGUUGUUUGGCGCCCGAGACCGUAAACAUGCUGAUUUUUCUUCACCAGAACAAACAAUUAUUAUAA